AUGUGGGAGAUAUGGACUGCUAGGAACAAACUGGUGUUCUCUAACUUAAGGGGUGAAACAGGGGAGUCCCUAUCCAGAGCAAUUCGCAUGGCACGAGAGUGGCAAGAGGGACAAACAAAAGAGACACAGACUCGUCGUACUAGCCAACCCAAGGUCAUAAUAGAUACUGGAACAAUUCUCCGAACGGAUGCCGCAUGGAAUGAGGAAAGCUCUAGAGCAGGGCUCGGAUGGAUCUUAACGCAGGAUGAGAUCACCUCUAGCUUGGCUAUAAUUGCAGAAAACGUACCUUCACCACUGAUGGCAGAAGGAUUGGCACUUCGGGAAGCUUUGCAGAAAAGUAGGGAGCUGGGAAUCAAGGUGCUAAAUGUGGAAUCGGACUCCAAAAACCUCAUUGCCAGCGCCACCAACAACAAAUCGGUCCCCGAGCUCUAUGGAAUUGUGGCAGAUAUCAUGUCGAUCUCUUGUUUUUUCGAUUAUGUUUCCUUUAAAUGGAUCCCUAGAGAGGCAAACUAUGCAGCUGAUCUAGUUGCAAAACAGAUGCUUGUAGUAAAUGGGGCUUUAAUGACCUCCACCUAA